GCUGUUUGCGUGUGGCCGCUGAAAACGGCUGCUUAUCGCAUUGGACAAGCGAAUAUGGUAGGAAAAGGGUGAACCGAGUUGUUCGAAUGCCAGAAACACUCGCCUGCCGCGGCUCGCCAUGACUGUCGAAUAGAUUCAGAGGUAAGGUAAUCAUAUCGGACAUACGCCGGUCUGCCACCAUACCGCGGAGUCAGCGAAGUUCACAGCUGACACAAAGGGAUGUUGUGUCUCGAGUCCGUCUCAUUACGUCUCGUUGUGUGAUCGCGCCCCAGUGACUCCACUUCGUCGAUAGAAGGACCUUAUGAGCACCCGUGCAAAUACGACAACGUUCGAGCCAAGGUACACGGACUGAACAACAAGCAGGCCUUGUCUUCGCAGGGCUGGUCGCAAGUUGCGACUGAUAGCCAGUGACUGACAUCGGAGUUGAGGUACGGAGUGUGAAAAGGCCAUCUGGGUACGAAUAUAUAUAUAUGUACAUAUAUCAUCAAGUUGAGAUCUGCACAGGUGGUAGUAGGAACUGGGUUGAGCAGUAUCAGCGUCAGAGAAAUUGUGCAAACUGGCAUCACAAGUGAGGACGGUUAGAGUAAAAAACUUAUUUUUAUUACGGAAGUAGCUGAUGAUAACGACGGUUUUGUGAUAGUGUGUCGUCAUCAGGGUGCGUUGACUCUACGUAGUUCGUAUCGAUGACUUCGGGAAUCUACCGUUUCACAUCGGAUAGAAGGAACUUGUCAAAGCGCAGAGGUCAACAGCGAACCGGAUUUCUGCCUACGCUAAUAUAACAAAAGCUGUAAAAAUACGAAAAAGAAAUUAUUCGGAAAACGAUUGCGCGGCCCGAGACUAUACGCGUUUAACGAAGAAGUGAUGGUUCGGCGCGAUAGCAUUAUUCUAUUCGUGGUUACGGUCCUCGUGCUUCAGCUAACCCUUCUAUUCAUCGCGCUACAAACCGAGUUCGGCUGUUCGCUGUUUGGUCUCUGCACAACGAGUUCGUCUGCAUCUCUAACGGCCGCGGCAGUGACUCGAGUGGAGAUACUUUAUGAGACGCACUGUCCCGAUUCGCAGCAGAUCAUGAGGGAAGGCGUCAAAAAGAGUUUGUCUUUGCUUCCCGAGGUGGAGUUUGUACUGGUUCCCUACGGUAAAGCAUCUACCAGCGGAGAGGGCCCUUCACUACAAUUUCAAUGCCAACACGGUGUCAAAGAGUGCGAAGGCAACACCUUCCACGCCUGCGCCAUCAAAUUGCACCAGAACAAAAAGCAGGUGAUCGAAUUUGUCAUUUGCACGAUGAGUUACCGGCAAGACGUGCGGCAAAACAUUGAACAGUGCGCCGCCAAGAACUCUAUUAGCUAUGAAGUUCUACAUGCAUGUGCGAAGGGUCAACAGGGCAAGGACCUUCUGGCCAAAAUGGGUGUAAUGACUCAAGCCACUGCGAAGGAAAUCAACGGUGGAAGCCAGCUCGAUUUUGUGCCGUCCACUCUCAUUGAUGGAUUGAGUUGUCCAGAUUAUUCCAUUAUGGAUUCUUCUGUUAGUUGCUGGAUAGUUGCUAAAUAUCAUUAUAUGGUAAUAAGAUGUUCUGCGUUCAGUUAAUGUCAGUCAAUGUUACUAACAAUCAGCUGUGAAUGUUAACGUUUGUACUGUAACUAUAGAUUAGACUACUAUCUAAAACUUUACAAUUUGUAAGCGCCAUAUACAACGCCACUAAUCUCUAGUUUUUUGCUUACAACAAUAAGUUUUUACUUUAUUUGAAUAUGUAUCAUUUGUUAAUAUCGAAGCAUACGCCCUACACCCCAGAUCUGGCUUCUCAGUAUGCAGCACUUGCGAGAUGCGGGUAACAGUGAGGCUUUUCAGCCCCCGCAGGUUGCUCGUGGAAAGCCUGGUAGUAAUGAUCGAAUACUGUGAAGCAUUAGCGGCAGUUAAACAUCUGAAGGCGCUUGCUGCCUCAAGUAAUUUGAUUCAUUUCAUUGUUUGGGUUUUUCUUUGAAUUAUUAUUGCCUGUUCAUGUAUGACAUAUUAUGAUUUGAAGAGAAUAAUUACAUAUUACUUUCUUAUUCAAGCGACUGGGAAAGAACAUAACCCAAAAUGACUGAGCUUAAAAUUUGGCAAGCUGAUCUGUUUGUUUGAAACGCGAUCCACAUAUAUAUAUAUAUAUAUAUAUAUAUAUAUGAGUGACAGAGAGAGAGAGAGCAUUUUGUUAGUGUAAAGCAUAGAAUGUAGGUGGUUGUUUUGAAACUUUAUAUAUUAACCAAUGCAUGCAUUUUUGGUAUACUUGUUUUAAAUUAUGAUACUAAUAUUUCUCUUUUUCUUUUAAAAAUCCCU